CAAGGUCAUCAAGUUGGAACAGGAAAUCGAGAGCAGGAAAGAAGGAUUGCGAAAGAGAGAGAGAGGGAUUUUGAGCCCGGAGAGAUGAGAUGGAGCGAUCAGGCUGAGAAAAGCCAGGGGAGUUAUCUUUGAGAUAGAUACGUCGAGAGUCAUGGAAUUUGGAAGCUCGAACUUGUUGCCGUGAGGCAUGUUGAGCAUUACGAUCUGAGGAGACUGUUCAACCUAUGAAUAUACUCGAUGCAAAUCUGGGAGGAGUAAUGUUGAAGUUUUCUGGUUUAAACCUCUUGAUUACUUCUUUCUCUUGAUCAGAAUGGAAAUCGACCGGUGAAUUAGAUCUUACAAGCUCGACAAGCUCAAUUGGUCACCAUCACCUCUUAUUCAUACUCGUCUCUUCUUCCAUCCACAGUGCCCUGCCUACCUUUCAAUAGGCUGUAAAGUUUGGUGGGCUUGAUGACAGUUUGAGGUUGCUGUAGGCGUCACGUAUGCGAUUUGUGUUACGAUUCUACAUUCAUCGUCUAUUCUUCGCUCUCUUCCCUGCUCUGCUCCUUGGAUUCUCUGGAUUGUGGGUUUUCAGAGUAACUUGAAGUUGGGGUGUAUUGUAUCGAAAGAAAACUUUAGGGUUGGGUUGUAAGUCACACUAGUGAAGUUGCUUAUCUUGGAGUAAGCGCUGUGGAUUGUUUCUGUUACUAGGUUUGAGAUAGGUUCAAGUGUGUUCGUGAUUUGAGGUCGCUAGUGUGGUGUUUCCCAAUUUUGUGGCGAGGAAUUCAGGGCACCUGCUUUUUUCACGUUUGAAUGUUUAGACAUGGGUGAAUUUUUAGAGAGAUUCGUAGAACUAUGUAGGGUUCCUCUUCUCCAUGAUGAAAUCAGUUAAAGGGUUACAAAUAACAUCAGUCUACCUGACAAGAUUGUUACAAUUUGACACCUAUUCCAGGGUUCCAAGGAUUUUGCUUGAUGACAGAUGUGGGAAGUCGAUUACACUAGAAGAGAAAGAGAACUGGGGUGCAACAGAAAUUUGAUGCGGUUUAGAUAGGUCAGGAAGGCAUGCUAUCAAGCGAAAGAUGGUGCUUUUCGAUGGUAGCAGGUCAAGUCCGAAGUGGCCAGGAACGGAGGCCGUGGGCAGUAGGGUAGAGUCGAAUGCGGAUGCUGCGAGGCGAUUGCCUUCUGUGACCAUUGGUUCUACAUCUACUGAUCGUCGCGUGAACAUUUUUUAGAACAGAGAGGAGACUUUCAGGAGACUGGCAGUAGCAGGGUAAUGGCGCACAGGACACUUUUGGCAGGAACGUCAUCUGCAUUUGAGGAUGUUUUGGGCUUUGUUUUAUUUCGUAUGUAGACACACGCUGUCUCUUGGAGUUUAAAAUGUUCAGGCUUGCGACAAUAUGGAACCUGCCCAAGGACCGACAAGGGUCUUAUGGGCCCUUGGAUCCCGAAAUGGAGCAGUUACCGCAUCCAAGCCGCAACCUUACUGUCUCUCGUGUUGUCAUUAUGAUCACCGUGGCAGUCUUGGUGGGGCUUCUAACUAUAAGCACCUGGUAUUUCACGCACAGUUAUCCAAAGAGUGCAGUUGCCAGCCUUUCGCAAUCUCUUCGUCUUGAAAUUCUGGAAAACACUUCAGAACUCCUGGAUGAAAUAUUUUCGAUGAACACUUAUGGAUCAAUGGCCAUUGCGAAUCUGAUGGAGAAGAGUUUUUUGGGAGAUGACUUCAGCAAGGACAACUUUGACAGGAUCCGCGACGCCUCUUGGGCCGUAUUCAAAGCUCUUCCAGUGGUGACAUCAUUAGGAGUGACUGCUGUCAAUGGGCUUACAGCAGUUUAUAACCGCGGUUUUAAAGAUGAAAUAGAAGGGUUCAAAGGAAACUUCUGUCUUUAUGCAAAUGACACCAGUGAUGCACCAGUUUAUUAUAAGGAAUACGUGUCUGAGGCGACUGGUAAACCAUUGGGACCACCAUUAGUGCUAAAAUUUCCAAAUACUCUUCAGGAUACACCUUGGUUCCAAAAAGCAAUGUCGUACCCUAUCAACAAUCUUACAUGGACCAUCGGUCGAAGCUUGACAAGUGGGCAGGCAUUUGUACAGUGUGGUAUAUCGAAACAAGCAAGAGCUACGAAAGAAGUGGCUCUUGUUCACUCAUCAUUGAGUGCUAUUGCCAUUAAUAGUUUUAUCUCGUCCCUGGAGUUGAAAGGGGGGAGCGUCUUUAUUGCGGAUGAGCACGGUACUCUUUUGUUCUCGUCUGAGCCAACAGUCUGUGUUUUGAGUAACCGAAGCGAGUGUGAAAACACACCCCUUGAUCGGAAUUCAGUUUUGAAUGAUGGAAAGUCAUUUCUUCAAAAUCGGGUUGGAUUGGCCAACUUGGUUAUGAGCGAAACACAUGUAUCUGAUGUAAUCUUGAAGGGUAAACGGUACUCUGUUGACAGUUGGCCAUACACGUUUAAGACAGUGAAGCUAUCUGUGGUGGUCAUGAUUCCAAGGCACAGUUUCUGGGGCCCCAUGGACUAUUACACACGCAUUACAUGGAUAUCACUUCCCCUUCUUUCGAUUGGCGUGGUCUUCAUUGGUUGUAGUCUUAUCUAUCUCCUGGUUGAGCAAGUACAAGCGGAAGAGAAAUUGAGAGCGGAGAUUCUGAGACAAUCCGAGGCCAAGCACCGUGCAGAAGCUAGUAGAGAUGCAAAGACAAAUUUUCUCUCUAGUAUGAGCCAUGAGUUAAGAACGCCGAUGGCAUGCAUUAUAGGUCUCUUAGACAUGCUUUUGAUGGAGAACCUUACCGUGGAACAUGAGGGAAGUAUUCGACAAAUUCACCGAUGUGCUACAUCUCUAGUUUCACUUCUCAAUUCUGCUCUGGAUAUUGCUAAGGUCGAAUCAGGAAAGUUGGUGCUGGAGAAAGCAGAAUUUAAUUUAGAAGCAGAGCUUACUGCACUCAUCGAUGUCUUUUCUGUGCAGUGCGACAACAAGAAUCUGUUUAUCUCUCUUGAUGUGGCAGAUGAUGUACCAAAGAGAGUGAUUGGCGAUUCGGCACGAGUUAUGCAAGUGUUCACAAAUCUUGUGGGAAAUAGCCUUAAAUUCACUUCGAAGGGUCGUAUAAUGGUGCGAGUUCGAAUCGCCAACCCAGAAGCUGAUGUUUCAGGGAAGUUGCAUCAACGAAGUUUUAGCCCAUUUUCGCUCGAAAGGUUUAAUGAGGCAUCCAAUGCACCCGACUUAGUGGUCUUAGUCUUUGAGGUGGACGAUACCGGUCCAGGGAUUGAGCCAGCUUUGCGAGAAAAGAUUUUCGAGAACUUCGUGCAAGGGAAUGCCAGUACAACUCGCACGCAUGGUGGGACAGGCCUGGGGCUAGGCAUUGUGCGCUCUCUUGUUCAACUCAUGGGUGGAAGCAUAAGGAUUGUUGAGAAAAGUGGUCCUGGAGUCGUUUUCCAAUUUUCUAUCUGCUUCCAGCGGGCAACAUCAUGCGACUGUACUCCUUUUAGCUUACCCCCUCCAUACCAGGGUACCGAGAUUAUUGUUGGCAUUCCUGACCCCGAUUGCAGAGCAGUUGCAUGCGAGUGGAUCACCAAACUUGGUUUAAGUGUUCACCAAGUUGAAUCGUGGGAACAAAUACUAUUAUACAUGAGAGCACUUAAUGGAAUUUCUAGUGGGGAAGGAGGUAGAACUGGGCUUUUUGAGGACUUUUUAUCAAAUUCCUCAGCAGAUGAUCAUCAGCAACCCACCAGCGCCCCAUCUAGACCAUCGUCAUGGUCACAAAGGUUCGACUUUUGGAGAAGUUGGAAAGAUGGUGACGAACGGCCGAUCACUGGACAAGUAAGGCAGCUUAUGAUACUUGACACAAGCCUUUUACCUAGAGAUGUGAAAGCAGAGCACUUGGAGGAGUACCUUCAGGAAUCAGGGUUUCUCACUACCUCACCUUCGAGGUAUCUGGAUGGGUUAGGGGUGGCAAGUACGUUCGACAUUAAUGACAGACAUAGGAGAGAACUGCAAGGGGACUUUUCAGUGGUGUGGGUUUGUGCGUCCAAUGUUCAUGAGCCUAUUAAAGCUGCUCUUCGUGCAGUUCGGAGCUCAUUCAUAGUGAAAAGGCCCCUGCAUACAGCUCGUCUAAAAGAGAUAUUUUAUCUAGUCUCUCGGGAGGGAGAUGUCAUGCCCUCCAUGGAAAUCCAACGCCCACAGGAGCUUCAUGCCUCAAGCAUAAUCAAUUAUGCAAAGCAGCAAGAGUGGAACGAUCCUUAUGCAUGUGAUGCCGAGGUGCCACUAGCUCAAGAACCUUCUCCUCGUCCAAUCCCUUCUGCAGUUGUGCUAGGAAGGAACGUGCGGCACCGGCCCACCGCUACAAAGUCAGCUCCACUUGAGGAAAUCUCGUACUCAGAGAUGGAAAGCAUAUCAUCCGAUUCGUUUAGUCAGGAUUCAACCCCAACUUGUAAGCCCAUGAAAAGAAGUGUUGCAGCCCUUGCCCAGCUCAACGGCAGAAAGAAUGGCAAUGCUAGUGCUCCUAAGCCUUUGGAAAUGCUUGAGAUUUUAGUGGCUGAAGAUACUCCGCUCCUUCGAAAAUUGGCGGUUGCUAUGUUGAAAAGGCUGGGUGCCGUAACCUUUGAGGCUUCAAAUGGACAGGAAGUGUUGGAAGCUGUAAUGGCACGUAUGUUGAAUGGCCAAGCACCUUUUCAAUGUAUUUUAAUGGAUUGCCAGAUGCCUGUGAUGGAUGGCUAUGAAUCCUGCAAGGCAGUCCGAGAAUUUGAGAAGAAGUAUCCAUGCAGAACUGCAAUUGUGGCUCUGACAGCAAAUGCCAUGGCUAGUGAUGAACGAAAGUGCUUGAAUGCAGGAAUGGAUGCAUUUCUUACCAAGCCCAUCGAUCAAGAGUAUAUGGUUCAGAUAAUUCUUCGAACUGUUGGUUACAGUAAUAGCGCUGUAAAUUCUCCCCAUGCCAAUUCUGUCUCUGAAAAUACGUAUGAUUCCUAAGUUGGCUCUUGAUGGCCUGAGGAAAAGACGCAAUCCUGCUCUCUGACUCUGCUAAUCCUGAUACGGCCUGAGCGUAGGUUACACACCCGCUGAAUUCACUUCAUGAGUUCUCAUGGAAUUUACAUCGCUGGGUUGACCUUCAACGGCUUCUUCUCUGCAUUUAACAGUAUCAGCUAAGAAGAGGCUGAAAACAAAUGUCUUCAACAAUACGAAGCGGAUGCGGUUCGGUUUGCUUGAUUUGCUUAUACUUUUACAUGCACAGAUGGCCAACAUGAUUUUUAUGGCAAGAACUCACGCCAACAUUUCUUUGAGCAGUACCUACACGAUGAAGGAAAUCGUUAAGAAUGCAUUCAAGUUAAAGUGGUUGACAAAGUUGGCACAGCACGUGUACACGACCAUUUAAUUUAGGUCCACUGGGCAACAUCGGACGAUGCACUACUUUUUCGUACCAUAAGGAGAGAGUUGGUCUUCAAGCACAUAGUAGAAUUCCCUAAGUAUUUGGAAUUGUAUCGCCCUUCUACGACCCCUCCUUCCCAUUGUUUCUGUCAAGCUUAGUGUAUUUCUACAUUCAUAUAGGAAAACCUCCUAGGCGCAAGUCCGCUUAGUAUUGUUUGAGAUUAUUUUCAUUCUUAUAGAGGUGACCAAUUUCUUCGACUAGGUAACAUGGCUUCCUUGCAAUGGUCAUCACUAUGAAAUGGAUCACGAUUCACGACUGGUUGGCUGUUUACUUGCACUUACGAACCUGGCGUUCGUUGAAAAGAAUUACUGUUCUAUGUGUAAAACCAUAAGAUGAACACUUCA